AUGGAUGCUCCUUUUGAUGGGGUCGUUGCUACUCAAGCUAUCCGUGCAAAGGGACCCACUGAAAAGCAACUCUUUGGUUACAAUCAACAAACAUUAUUAUCUGCCAUCAAUCAAGUUUUUGAUUACAUUAUUGAUGAGUUUCCGCAACCAUUCGUUAUGAUCCAGAUUGCCCGAGGAAGAUCCUCAGCAGAUACACUGCAAGACAUUCAUUAUAUCUUAGAUAAAUUAACUGAUUCUGGUUGUAAAUAUGAAAUCAAAACAGGUUAUCGAUCGUCCGAUUAUUUCAAGAUUCCAAAAGAUUCUGAACAAGAAUUUGUGUUUGUGAAUAUCGGCAUGUUUGCUCGAUUAACCAAUGUCCAUCAAAUGCUACCCGGAACAGCUUAUGCAGUAAAAAAAGCUGAUGAAUUUACCUUGUUUCAAGCAGCCUCCAUCAGUAAAGCAGUAGCAGCCAUAGCUGCUCUGCAACUAGUGGAACAAAACAAAAUAGAUUUAGAUGAAGAUGUGAAUACGUAUCUAAAAACUUGGAAAAUUAAAAACAGUUCCUUCACUGAAAAAAAACCGAUUACCUUACGGGGACUUCUUACACAUACGGCAGGCUUGACUGUUCCUGGAUUCAAUGGUUAUGCCCAAACAGAAGAAUUGCCUACCUUAAUUCAAAUCCUCAAUGGUGAAAAACCAGCUAAUUCACCAGCCGUUAUUUCAGACUUGGUCCCAGGCAGCGUUUGGCGUUACUCGGGUGGUGGUUAUGUUCUCAUGCAGCAAUUGCUCGAAGAUGUAACAGGUUCUGAAUUUCCUACGUUAAUGCAACGUUCAGUACUUUCUUCCAUUGGUAUGAAUCGUAGUACUUUCGAAUUGGCAUUGCCAUUUUUAUGGCCAGAGCAAGCUAGCAUUGGUCAUGAUUCAAGUGGCAAGAAAAUAUCUGGUAAUUGGCAUAGAUAUCCUGAAAGUGCAGCGGCUGGACUAUGGACUACACCAACAGACUUGGCCCGAUAUCUUAUUGCAAUACAAAAAUCUCUACGAGGGGGAUCGAAGCAAGUUCUUUCGAAACAGAUGACCGAAAAAAUGCUUACUAAACAUUUGGGUGAUUGGGGUUUAGGUCCUGCUUUGUAUGGUGAUAAUGAUUCGUUAGUUUUUGGUCACACUGGUGGUAAUGAAGGAUAUAGAUGUCUGUCGUUCUCUUAUGCUUAUUCAGGUGAAGGUGUCGUGAUUAUGACAAAUGGGAAUGAUGGAAUGGACUUGAUUAUGGAAAUAAAGGAACGUCGUGAAAAAGUAUUUGAUCCUGACCAUCGUCUUGAUGAACACAUUAAUAAAUAUUCAUCACCCAAUGAAGUUUGUUUAUUCAAUUAAAUUAAAUUUAUUCUUUUUUAAAGAGAAAAAAGAAUUUCUGAUUCUAAUUUUAACGAACAAAAACUAAUACGAGAAGAAUUACAAUCAUUUGUUGAUGCUUUAAGGCCUCCACUCAAAAAUUGAUCUCAGCCCAGAAACGUUAAAACGAGCUUAAAUUUGGAGCAUAUGUUGGGGCUGAAGUGGGAAGGCUGUGGUAAAAUUUCCAGCUCGAUAUAGUGACGUUUGACAGAGAUAUGAACCAAACAAGGGCCAAAAAUAGCACAAUUGGCAAACAAGAUUUCUCUGUCCGAGCUCUUUCAAUAUAUUUAAUUUUUUUUUGUUUGAAAGAGCAUCUCAAGAUUCAGGGCACCAAGGGGUUCUUUUUUUUUGUAAAUACUUACUUUUCAAGCGAAAAAAGGGCAUCACAAAUUACAUGACUCCAAAAGAUCACAAAAAUUGGCUAUUUUUGUAUAGACAUAUUUUCUUAUACAAUAAUAAAAAGGGUUAUUUCAAAAAAAGGACCUUUUGGUGCCCUGCAUCUGAAUAUGCUCUUUCAAAGAAAAAAAAUUUAAAUAUAUUGAAAGAGCCCGGACAGAGAAAUCUUGCUUGCGCGUUUGAGAAAAUAUGAACUGAGAAAAAGGGAAAAACAUUUUUUGGAAAAACAUUUUACGAUAUUUUAGCAUUUGUAGGCACUUUUUCGGUAGAUUUGAAUAGAAUAAUUACCAACUGUCCUAUAUCUUUUAGAGCUAUGCACAAAUAGCCUUCUUUUGGCGCUUGUUGAGCUUCACUAAAUAAAUAAUUUUAUUACGCAGGACAAAAGCAUAAUGGGCUUACUCGAAAAUGUUCUAAUAAAAUUAACUAUGAGCUAUCUCAGCCCUCUUUUUAUUGUAACAAUUGGCGGAUUGUUAUGAUAUAUGUCGAUCACAUUAGAUCACGUCGCUUUUGAUGUUUUUUUAUCUUUCUCUUCUUUAUUCUUUGUUCUUCUAUGCUCAUUUUUUUCUGAUAUUGGGCAGUCUCCUAAACAUUGUUAGAUGGUGACGUCAUUUGCACUUUAUCCAUUUUUUUCGGUCAUUAUUCUGACGUCAUCGUUUGUACAUCAUCUUUUUCUUUUCUGUCCUUACCACGACGUCCUGUAUAUGUAUUCCAUCUAUAUCUUCUUUCGUUCUGUUGUCAUACUUGAGUGCAUAUAUAUAUUUAUAUACGUGUUGGUUUUAAGAAUAGUUCAGUAUAUUGUAAACGCGAUAAGAUAAUACUUCUCUCUGACUAAAAACUAGUUAGUGGUCAACUGCCUUUAUAACAUAUACAGAGAGGCAUGCCAGUUUGUUGCUCACUCUAUGUUUGUGUGUGGCGUGGGUGUGUGUGGGUGUGGGUGUGGGCGGGUGUGGGUGUAGUUGUGUGUGUUGCUGUGGCUGUGGCUAUGGGUCCUUCUUAUCUGUUCGUUCACUUCGAAACCCACACCCAAACCCACACACAC